ACAAAAUGGCGCUUAAUUCGGCCACUACUGGAGGCAAGAGUAUUUGUUAACUCGUCAUCUUCUCCGAUUCAGUUACACUGAGUUUCAGUCAGAAUCCUUUAACUAUUCAUAUCAUACACCAAGUUGUGAAAGCCAACGGUGCAAAGAAUGGAGCUAAACAAGAAUGCUCUGGCAUACUCUGCCACAACACUGGCUGCGACGAUGAUGAAUUCCAUCUUCACGUUUUAUUAUGUCAAAAUUUUCCUCAACGUCUACAAGAUUUCAAACUACUGGUUCAAUGUGGCUCAAGUUGUAUUCCUUAUUUGGAAUGCCAUUAAUGACCCUUUGUUUGGAUAUUUCCAGGACAGUUCUACCUGGAUGGUUUUAAGGAAAAGGAGGUUAGCUAUCCUAUAUGGUGCUCCUCUAUUUGCAGUGAGCUUCUUAACCCCUUGGUUUCCAUGGACUUGGCUCGGUUUAACUGGUGACUGGGUUGUUGGACUUCAUCUAAUGACUUCACUGUGCUUAUAUGAUGGCAUGUUCACAUUUGUAUUACUUGCCCAGUGUGCUCUUUUUGCUGAGAUUUCAACUCAACAAGAGGAAAGACAGACAACUCUCAAAUAUGCACAAGUGGCAUCUAUUAUUGGCUCAACAGCUCUUUUAGUCAGUACAAAUGUUUAUCAGAAUGAGCAAAAUAAUUUCAAGUCAUUCCAAGCAGUGUGCAUUAUAGUUGCUUUUCUUAGUUGGUUACUGAUGAGGUACACUGGUAUGAAUGUUGAAGUGGCUGUGGAUGCAAGUGUGUCUGGCAGUGGAGGAAAUCAAGAUGGAAAGACUUCAAAGGAGUCACUUCCUCUCUUUACACUUUUAAAGCAAAUAUUAACACAAAGAAGCUUUGUUUGUUUUGUGGCCAUGAAUUUUUUCCAGGUUUUUCAUGUGACAUUUUGCAGCAACUUCUUUCUCAUUUUUGCGGAGCACCUUAUAGGACCUGGUGUCAUUCCAGCUGUCCUGUACAGUUUAUUAACUGGGUCUGUAUUCUUGGUACCCAGGCUGCUUGUGUUAUUAACGAGUCCAUUAUUAGCUAAGUUUGGCUCCUACAAGGUCAUUUUGUGGUCAUUCUAUGUCAAGUUGUCACUGCCUGUAGUUGUAUUUUUGGCUGGAAGGAGUAACAUUUGGGCUCUUUACUUCUUUCUUAUCAUAGACAACUCUCUCCCUGAUGCCACAUUCUCAUUGUUCAAUCUAUCUGUUUCUGACAUAAUUGAUGCUGAUAUGGAAAAAUACCAGAGAAAUGCACCUGUGUCCUCCAUGAUAUUCGGUACCAAUGCUCUCUUUACCAAGCCAGCACAGUCUCUAGCACCAAUGAUGGUGGUACACAUACUCUCCUGGUAUGGAUACAAGGAUACCCAAGGCAAUAGUAAAGUCUCUUCAGGGUCACCAGGGCAACUUUUAGAUGCUAUGUUUUUCCUUUUGUGUAUCAUUCCUCUCAUAAUUGCUAUGGUUCAAAUUGUGGUGUGGGCCUUCUACCCUCUUAAGAGACCAAAAAAGGCUCAGGACAUAUCCAAGAUUCUGUUAUAAAUACUUCUUACUAACUGAGUUCCAUACUGUAAGUUACAGAGUGACCAAGUUUUUUUCCUCUAAGAGUUAUGUCCCAAGCACAAAGUGCACAGGCCAUAAAUUAAAACAGAAAAAUAGGGUUCCAAACUUGUGGUACAGACCAAGAAAGCAGUUUGGCAAAAUAUAUAUUAUAUCUCUGGGUUCAAAUAAAGGGGAUAGAUUUAGAUUCAAACAAACUUUAUAGUAUGAAAGAGUCUUGUUUGUUAACCUUUGGGUACAGGUACAUAAUCCUUGUGUCUUAACCCCUUUCCUGUCCAUAUGAUGUACCAAGUGCAUCACACAAUUUGCAGUUUGCACACCUAUGUGACAUACUCAGUAUGUUGAGAGUUAGUAACAGUGAAUUUCCCAGCACUGGAGAUGUAAAGUAACCUGGAGUUUCAAACACAAACAAGUAAGAACUCUGAAAACAAAUAAGUAAAUUUGCAUCGGCACAGGACUUCUUAGUGGGGUUUGGCUGCAAAGGGGUUUAAAGACUAGUUUUUGAGAGGGUUUUUUCACUUAUUUUCGUAGAAACUCAAAUUUGUGUAUUUCAAGAUUCAGGAAAUUUAGGAAGAAAUGUUUAUACUUUAUAUGUCCCUAAAUAUUUAGCUACUUAGGGAUUAAGGAAAAGAAGAAGGAAAAAAAGCUAGAAGGAAAAAAAGUAUUAAGUUCUUAAUGAUAGUCUGGAACAGGUUUUAUUGAAAAUAGGCCAUGAUAUUCCAUGAGUAUUUACCAUGUAAUAUUGGGCCAAAAUGGAGAGAUACAUUCAUUCUUUUAAUAUAAAUAUCACAUGAUGAGGAAGGGAAUUAAUCCAAAAGUUUUCAAUUGUAAUUAAGAGUAGUAUUUUUUUCUGAGGUACAAUGUUGUAGUGAAAAGAUCCACACUGUAAAAAGAGCAAGUUAUUGAAUUAUUCCAUGUUAAUAGAAAACACGAAGAGAAAUAAAAGGGAUAAGGUAAUGAGCUGAAGAACAUAAAUUAUAGUGGAGUUUGUUUGAAUAAAAUUGUCAAUCGAGAAUGGCAAACAGUUGAUGUA